GUGGUUCUGGUUUUGGGGGUAAUCCUCAAUUCAUGCCUCCACGGCAACAUGAUAAUUAUUACCCACCACCUGACCUUCCUCCUCCAGACAGACAGCCUCGACAGGGUUUUCCUCCAUUUGGAAGAGACAUGCCACCCAUGGGGGUUCAUACCCCGACAAGCGCGCAACUGCCGCAACCAAUCAUUACUCAGAUGACUCAGCACAUGCAAAUUCCACUAUCAUAUGCUGAUGCUGUAAUUGGCACAGCUGGUGCAAGUAUUAGCUAUAUUCGUCGUGCCAGUGGUGCAACCAUUACAAUACAAGAAUCGAGGGGUGCGCCGAGCGAAAUGACUGUUGAGAUCAAUGGAACUGCCACACAAGUCCAAACUGCUCAGCAAUUGAUACAGAAUUUCAUGGCUGAUGCUGCUGGAGGCUCACAGAAUCCAAUGGGCUCCGCCGAUCCAGGAUACAAUUCUUAUCAGACGCACAGCUCUGUGUAUGCUUCUCCCCCCUCUAAUGCUGGACCUGCCGGCCAUGCAGGUGGAGGCUACGGUUCAGUUUAUGGCACCAACUAUGGUUAUUAGGCAAAUGAAGACUGAAUCAGUUGGCCAAUAGAAACAAUGGUAAGUUUAGUGAAGACUACCCCUUACAUGAUAGGAUUGGGUUUUCUUCUUUGCAGAGGCAGUUUUAAUCCUAUAAACCAAGAUUCCUGGCCCUGGCCUCUGCUUUUUAAUUAAUGUUGUGUUGUUGGUUACUGUAACAUUAGGCAAACCUCAUGGUUUUAUAUUAUUAAUUAAGCUUGUCUUUUUUGUUCUUCUUUGUGUCAGUGCACCUGUAGCUGCGCUCUACUCUCUUACUUCACCCAGUCAUGUAAUGCUGCUGAUUCAUGUGUACCUGUAACUUUAUAUUGAUGUAUUUGCUUUCCAUGCA